CCAUAUGACAUUUAACAUUUAUUGAAAUAAGCGGCAUAUCGAAAAGCGGUAUACCCAAAAGGGUUCAAAAGUAUUUGACUUAACUUUUUCAUAAAAUAAUAUAACAUAGGCACUGACAAUGGAAAGAAUACUUAAUUUCCUGUGGCCGAAGAAAAUAAGAAAAAAAGAAAAUAUCGAACUUAAGGAAUUACCAGACAAAGAGAUUAGCGAAGAUGAAAUAUCAUUGGGAUUGCAAGAGAUAAUGAACAAAUUAAGGAGCGACCUGUGGAAAACGCAAACAAUAGAAAACGUCGAUGGAAUAAAAUAUAUUGAUCCUUUUGAAUCCGCAUUCGAUUAUAGAUGUAAAAGGGACCUCGAUCGAACAGUUAAAUUGUGGAGCGAGGAACCAGAUUUCAAAGAUAAUGCAACAUCAUCAAGAAAACGAAAGAGUGGAAACCUGAUAAUUUGUCCAUUUAUUGCAUUGGAUUGCCACAAUGAGAGUUUACGAUAUGCAGAAAAUGGUUCGUAUAAUUUGAGCUUAGCGUAUGCAAAUAGAGCAGCGUGUUUUUUUGAAAUGGAUUUGUACGAUCAAGCGUUACAGAACAUUAGACUUGCAAAAGGAUGUGGUCAUUUUCCGCAACAUUUGCUACCAAAACUUUUACAACUAGAACAGAAUGCCAGAACCGCAAGUGGCAAGGAGAUUGAAAACGAAUCAUUGGAAAUAUGGGCACCGAGAGAGAGGAUGCCUGUAUUGAGUUACAUAGCCAGCAAAAAUCAUCCAUGUAUGGCCGAUGUGGUGAAAAUCAAAUUGAGCGAACAAUAUGGUCGAUAUAUGGUUUCAAAGUAUAAAAUUCCUGCUGAAAAAACCAUAUUGAUUGAAGAAGAAUACCUCACAACAAUUAACAUUGAUAAAUUACGUGCGUGCUCAACUUGCUUUGCAGAAGAUCAAAAUUUUAUUCCAUGUGAACAUUGUACAGAGGCAAUGUUUUGCAAUGAAACUUGUCAGAAUCGCAACCAAAUACACGAAUGGGAAUGCAAUACUUUCAUAACAAAGAUUGACUUUCAAAUAAAAAUCAUUAUUCAUUCAAUUCUAUUGGCCUGUGAAGCAUUUACAACAAAUGGCAAAACAAACGUGACCGAACUUAUCGGAUGCAUUGAAGGAAUGCUAAAGAGUCUCAAUAAAUUUCCAAAGUCGACGGUUGACUCAAAAUCAAAAUAUCAAUUCUUUUUUAAAUUGGCAUCAAACGUUCCUGCUAUUGGAUAUAAUGGUGUGCUCAUCCAAUUGGAAGCACUCGAGCAAAUUUACGUAAUUUUUUCACUGCUGAUGAAAAUACCGAGAAUUCAUGCUGCCUUUGAUUCUGUAGAAAAACGCAAUUUUCUCAAGCAUUUAAUCACUCAUCAUUGUCUCGUUAUCGACACAAACGCAUUUGGUGAUGAUAGGUCACAGUCUUUGGGUCUGGUUGAAUCGCUAUUCAAUCAUUCAUGUGCACCGAAUAUUCAUCACGAGCAAAUUGGAAACGAGCAAUACUUUUAUACAGCUGAAAAAGUGAAAAAAGGAGUUCAGCUUUUCAUUAGUUACAUUGACCUCAAUGAUAGUACAAAGCAAAGACGUCGCAUCCUCAAAAGAGGCUGGGGAUUUAUUUGCAAUUGUAUUAUAUGUGCACCAAAAGAACUAUCGUUGAACGACAAGUGCCAGCUUGCCAUCAUGACGAUUUUACAUAAUCGUUUUGAUACAGAAGAAAAUACACCAGAACAAACACCAGAAGAACCACCACAAGAACUAUUAUAAUAUUAUUGUAUACAAGAUUCAUGGGUAUAAAAGGAAUUUGAUUUUUGUGUCAGCAAAUGCCGCGCACGAAAACCUUUUCUGAUAGGUGUCAACGAUGAAGAAUAUAAGAGGAAGUUUCUGUGGCCAAGGAAUAAUAAGAGAACUUGAUAUAAGGGCACAUUUGCAUGCGACCACACAAUAAAAAAAUUAGAACCGUACUUGACAUGACUACUCAAGACUCGAUUGUACAACAAACAACGAACACAACCUAUAAAUCAAACUAAAUGGCAUUAAACAUAUAUUGAAAUAAGCAGCAAACUGCGUCCGAAAAACGGCACCAAGAAUGGAACGGAUACGGAAUUUCCUGUGGCCAAGAAGCGCAGCAGAAUACAUUGAUCUUGUGGAACAACCGGUUGAAGAUCCAACAGCGAUCAUAUGGAAAACGGAUGAGGUUGGAGAAUAUGUUGAUAUUUGUGGUUCAUUAAUCGAAGUAAAUGAAUUUAAUGAAGAAUUUCAAGAAUUAAUUGAGAAACCAGUUGAAAAAAAUAAUAAACUUUCAACAAUGAAAAGAAGGUUUGGAAAUCUGGUGCUUUGUCCAUAUGCUGCACUAGAUUUCCACAAUGAAAGUUUACGAUACGCAGAAAUCGGUUCGAUACAUGUCGCUUUAGCGUAUGCAAAUAGAGCAUCGUGUUUUUUUGAAUUGGAAUUGUACGAUCAAAUGGCAGUGAACAUUGUACUUGCGACAAGUGAUGAAACUUUUCCUAAGUAUCUGUUGCCAAAAAUUAUGGAACUUAAGAAAACGGCAGAUUCGAUCAAAAAAAACGUUGGACAAGAGGAAACUUAUGAAGAAGCAUUUGCAGCAUGGGUAAAACGGGCAAUCGGAAGGGAACCCCAAUUGAGUUACUUAGCCAGCAAAAAACAUCCAUGUUUGGCUGAUGUGGUGGAAAUCAAAGAGAGUGCACAAUAUGGUCGAUAUAUUGUUUCAAAGUAUGAACUUCCAGCUGACCAAAUCAUUUUGAUUGAAGAAUACUACUUGAAUGCGGCUGAUGUUAAAAAACUUCGUUCAUGCGCCACUUGCUCAAAAGAAGACAACAAUUUCAUUGCAUGCGAACAUUGUACGGGGGCAAUGUUUUGCGAUAAAACUUGUCAGAAUCGUAACGAAUUACAUAAAUGGGAAUGCAAUACGUUUAUAACUAGCAUAUAUAAUCGUGCGAGAACAAUCAUUUAUUCAAUUUUGUUAGCCAUUGAGGCAUACACAGAAAACGGCAGAAUCAACGUGAACGAGCUCAUGGAAUAUGUGAAAGAAAUGUUAGACAAAAGGAAAAAUGGAACGGAUAAACUACCAGAAUCAACGCUUGACUCAAAGUCAAAAUAUCAAUUCUUUUUAAAAUUGGCAAUAUGCGAUCUUCAAUCUGAACUAAAAGAAACGUUCACUAGUCUAAUUUAUGUGACUUUUUCACUUUUGAUGAGUGUACCGAAAAUUGAAGCUGCAUUCAAAAGUGAGAAAGAGCGUAAUUUUCUUAUGCAUUUGAUAGGUCACCAUAUUCUAGUUAUUUCUACAAAUGCGUUUGGGGAUGAGGAUAAACUGUCACUAGGACUCAUUGAAUCAUUAUUUAAUCAUUCAUGUAAACCAAAUAUUGAUCGCAAACAAUUUUUAAACAAGCAAUAUUAUUUCAUAGCAAAUAAGGUGGGAAAAGGAGUUCAACUUUUCAUCAGUUAUCUUAAUACUGAAGCGCUUAAAACCAGUUCAACUAACAGACGGCAGAUUUUAUUUCGAGGUUUUGGUUUCAUUUGCAAUUGUAUUAUUUGUGCUCCCAAAGUUCCAACGAUAUUCGAUAAGUGUAAUCGUAAAGUCUUUAAUAUCUUAGUCAAUCGAUUUUGUACUCAAGAAGAAAUUAAUGAGAUUCAUGAAUUAUUAUAAAUAAAAUAAGAUACGUCAUGUAUAAAAUGGAUUCAACAUCAUUUGA